AUGGCCACCCAGAUCUGGGUGCAAAUCAUAUGUGCUGUCACGGCUUUCUUUAUUCACGUGGUCAAUAGAGACAUGGGAGAAAUUGUCAACAACUUUGGAGGCUUCUACAGAGAGCUCACCAGCGACAGGCAACUCUGCUGGAUUGGACCAGAGAAGGGUGCUGUGCACUUGGCCAUAGCUGCCAUCCUGAAUGCUCUGUGGGCCAUGCGAGAGGAAAAGUUAAUGCUCAUGGGAUCUCAGUAUAAGAAUGCUCAUUGUUUCAGAGAGAUUCCCUGCUCCUGGUUGCCCUCAUUUGCACAUCUGGAUGCCAAACAAUUGCCAUUCUACAUGGAUUUCAGGUAUACUACUGAUGUGCUAACAGAUGAAGAAGCUUAUGAAAUACUCCAAAAUGGCCUGCUUGGGAAAAAGGAAAGGGAAGACCAAAUGUCGAAGCAUGGGUAUCUGGCUUAUACAAGAUCCUGUGCCUGGCUGGGCUACUCAGACAGGAUACUCAAGAGAUUAUGCACAUAGGCCUUGAGAGAAGGCUGGACAACGUUCAGAGUAAAGGUGGGUGCAGAUCUGCAGGAUAAUAUUUGCAGAUGCAGAUUGAUAUGAGAAAUGAUUGGCCUAGACAAAAUAGUGAUGCUGGACGCAAACCAACAAUGGGAAAUAAAGAAAGCAAUAGAGUGGGUCACUACAGCUGAGUUUAAACCCUCGUGGAUUAAGGGGCCAACUUUUCCAGAUGAGGAUAUGCAUGUCCAGAUGGGACAUGCAACCGUUCCAAAGGCCUUAGCACCACUAGGAAUUGGUGUGGCAACCAGAAAACACUGCCACAACAGAGUGAUAUCUAAACAGCUUCUACAAGCUAAGGCCUUGAGUUAUCUCAAAAUUGACAGCUGCAGGCUGGGAAGUGUGAAUGAAAACUUCUCUGUGCUGCUGAUGGCCAAAAAUUCCAGAGUAAGGCUCUGCAAGCAUGGACUUGGGGGUCUCUGUGAAUUAGUUCAGCACUUGAUAAUAUUUGAUUAUAUUCCAGUAUCUGAAAGCCUUGAAAGCAGGUACUCGAAACCUGGGCUGUACUCCAUAUUCAGACACUUCACAGAUGCCAGUCACUAUGGUAGCAAACUCACCAAGUCAGACUAA